UGUGCGCCGUCGUGGCGGGGGCGGUGCUGGCCCAGUACAUUUUCACCUUGAAGAGAAAGACGGGCCGAAAGACCAAGAUCAUCGAGAUGCCUAUAUCCAAGCCCUGCAUCUCUGGAUACUGCUUACUACCUCUGCUGUUGUUCUAGGACAUAUUCAAGGACAGAGGAACUCAGAGUACUCUAAGGAAGAUUGGAUAACCAAGAAAUGCCUAAUCAAGAUUCUGCUGUACAUGUGAAAAUGAUGCCAGAAUUCCAGAAAAAUUCAGUUCGCAUCAAGAACCCUACAAGAGUAGAAGAAAUUAUCUGUGGUCUUAUCAAAGGAGGAGCUGCCAAACUUCAGAUAAUAACAGACUUUGAUAUGACACUGAGUCGAUUUUCCUACAGAGGGAAAAGAUGCCCAUCAUGUCAUAAUGUCAUUGACAACUGUAAGCUAAUUACAGAUGAAUGUCGAGAAAAGUUACUGCAACUAAAGGAAAAGUAUUAUGCUAUUGAAAUUGAUCCUGCUCUUACUGUAGAAGAGAAGUACCCUUAUAUAGUAGAGUGGUAUACUAAAUCACAUGGUUUGCUUGUUGAACAGGCUUUACCAAAAGCCAAACUUAGAGAAAUUGUGGAAGAAUCUGACAUUAUGCUCAAGGACGGAUAUGAGAAUUUCUUUGAUAAGCUGCAACAAUACAGUAUUCCUGUGUUCAUAUUCUCAGCUGGUAUCGGUGAUAUACUAGAGGAGGUUAUCCGUCAAAAUGGUGUUUAUUAUCCAAAUGUCAAAGUAGUGUCCAACUUCAUGGAUUUUGAUGACAAUGGGCUGCUCAGAGGAUUUAAAGGAGAACUAAUUCAUGUGUUUAACAAACAUGAUGGAUCCUUGAAGAAUACGGAAUAUUUCAAUCAACUAAAAAACAAUAGCAACAUAAUUCUGCUGGGAGACUCCCAAGGGGACUUAAAAAUGGCAGAUGGAGUAGCCAAUGUUGACCACAUUCUGAAAAUUGGAUAUCUAAAUGAUAGAGUGGAUGAGCUUUUAGAAAAGUACAUGGACUCUUAUGAUAUUGUUCUAGUAAAAGAUGAAUCAUUGGAUGUAGCCAACUCUAUCUUACAGAAGAUUCUAUAAACAAGCAUUCUUCAAGAAGACCUCUCACCUGUGGGUGCAAUUGAUGCAAGAGCUGCUCAUCUGUUCAUCUUGUUAAAGAUUUUAUUUAUAUGUUCUUGAUCUUGAAGUUUUUCCUCUAUAUUAUUGAAGUAUUUUCAGAUUUAUUGAAUCCAUCAACUGGAAGCUCCUUUUUCUCCAGCUCUCUCAACACACUCCUCACUAUAUUUUUUAACAGAUUAAAAAAAAACUUAGAGCAAAAAUUUGAAGAAUAACUCCCUACAUUUCCAUAGUGAAUUUUGUAGCUUAAUGUUAUUAUGACAUUUUUGAGAAGUCUUUUUACAUUGGGAAAGUUUGUAGACGUUUAAAAAGUUUUAUGAAAUGGUGAAAUAAUUUGCAUGACUUUAAGUGUUGUCAUUUUUAUAAUUUGGGUGAAUUAUGCUGAUGGUAUUAACCAUCUCCUAAAAUUGUGUUAUGUUUGGUUAUUUUGUUUGGUGAAAAUCGAUAUUUACCAAAAAAUAUUGGCAGUUGAUGUUUGAAAAAAAAUCUAUUGGUAUCUACAUGCCACUAAUCAUUACAAAAUGUUCUAUAUUGAAGCACUGAUGAUAAAAAUGAAAUGAAAAGCCUUUUUAAUUCUGUCAAAACUAUUAUUAUUCAUUCAACAAAACCUGCCAUGUUUUUUUUUGUUUUGUUUUUUUUUUUUUUUUUGCGGUAUGCGGGCCUCUCACUGUUGUGGCCUCCCCCGUUGCGGAGCACAGGCUCCGGACGCGCAGGCUCCGGACGCGCAGGCUCAGCGGCCAUGGCUCACGGGCCCAGCCGCUCCGCGGCAUAUGGGAUCCUCCCAGACCGGGGCACGAACCCGUAUCCCCUGCAUCGGCAGGCGGACUCUCAACCACUUGCGCCACCAGGGAGGCCCAAACCUGCCAUGUUUUUGUGUGUGAUGUAUGAAUCCUAAUGUCCUUGUCAUAGUGGCUAUUUAGAUUAUUUUCAGAUUUACACACGAUAAAAAUAAAAAGAUUUUUGCAGAGAAAAUUUAAUCUGUCCUUCAGAAAAUACUGGGGCCUAGGAAAAUUGUUUUCCCCCAUUGAAAAUAUUAGUAAAAGAAGGUACUAUAUUGAAAGUCUAAGCGUUUCAGAAAGAGCCAUAGGCAUAAAACAAAAUAUAGCUGGGUCUCAUGAUGACUAAAACAGAGUACUUCAGGGUUAGGAACUGACAUUCCUCUAUGCAGUCUGACUUCUGAUUCUGAGUUUUGGCUGCACCAUAAUGGUUUACACAAGGCUUAGACU